AUGAGCCUGGAAAAUGGACCUGGUGCCGUGGUCUCAACGAAUGUUAACAACCCACCAGUAACUCAAGACUCCACACCAGGAGCAACCUCGGUUGCGACAAACGAUGAUUCGACGGAUUACGAAAGCCAGGGCAAUUCAACACUCCCGAUACACGUAAUACUAGAUGCAACGGAUGGAACGUCGACGUAUGAUGGGGAGGAUAAUGGGAAUAUACAUUCACUCCCAAAAACACCUGGUUACUCCGGAGACGCUACCCAAGAUCUCGCAAAUUUGAAUACCGCCACUCUAUCAGGUCUGAGCGCCGGCCUAUCACACGCAAACGUAUCGAAAAUCUCCCUACAGGGAGCUGGCAGGAGUAUCAUCAGGGAAUUAACAGUCGAUGAAGAGUUGAUGUCUCUUAAGGUUCGCUCGUUGUACAAUUCAGGGAUAUCUCCGCUGGAAGCACAGAGUUCCUUCGGUUCGAUACCUUCUGGGAGUAUUCGGGCAGGGUUAGAACAAAACCGUCUCUCUGCCGUAUCUAGUCGGUCGAUUAGAUUGCAAGCCGAUCAGCUCAGUGUUCGAGACUCGAUCGCGAACAGCUCUAGGAGCCUGAGCGGAGUUGACGGCCGGGCUGAUUUCGAACUCGCGGGCGGUGUCGAAGAUUGGGAGGACAUUGAUGCCGAUGAUAUAGAUCGGUAUGGGUUCAUCAUGCCUAAGCCCAGGGCGCCGGCAUCUCAAGGUACAAAGGUCAAUCCAACGAACAGGUCGAAUCUUAAAAAGUCGGCACCCGGACCUGGCAUCAAAACAAGUCUCCAUAGACGGCGUAUUCGGCCGGUUUUUACCCGUAGUCGCCAUCUCAACGUUUUUAUUUCUACAUUUCAAAGCAAAAGUUCACCCGAAAUGCUUACGAGCCCUAUAGCCGGGUCUAGCGAAAGAAUGAAAGUAAAAGAGGUCGAGCGAGUUGCCAAGUGGCAUAGUAUGGCUCUAAAACCAAGCGUCCUUCCAACGGGCGCUGUGGCAGGAGGGGGUACAAACUUCGAUUUCCCCACUUCGAACCCUAAGGUAUCUUCACUUCAACGCUGCGCCAGUCGUAAUGUAAUUACCGUGGAAUGCGAUUUGAUAACUCUAAAAUUGCUGCAGCUCGUCGAUAGAACUUGGAAAGGGAUACCCGAUUGCUGGAGGUCUGCGGCUUGGUUUUCUUUUCUCGAAGCAAGCGCAAAGAAACAAGAAGGCUACAAGUCAACCAAUGAUCUAAUUGGAUGCUACCAUGUCCUGUCGAGCCAGAAUUCGCCUGAUGAUGUCCAGAUAGACUUAGAUGUACCACGAACGAUCAGUUCUCACAUCAUGUUUCGGCGCAGGCAAAGAUUGCUUUUCAGAGUCCUCCAUGCGAUAUCCCUUUACUUUCCCGAUGUAGGGUACGUACAAGGUAUGGCCUCACUCGCAGCAACCUUCCUUUGUUACUAUGAUGAGGGUGCAGCUUUUGUUAUGUUGGUACGAUUAUUCGAACUACGAGGACUGCAUACUCUUUAUAGUAACGGAUUCGGGGGUUUGAUGGAUGCGUUAAAUGAUUUUGAUACGGAAUGGUUGCAGCCCGGCCAUCCUUUGGUUAGUCGGAAACUGGAAACGCUUGGGGUAUCCGUUCUAUCUUUUGGGACUCGAUGGUACCUCACAUUGUUUAACUAUUCAAUCCCCUUUGCGGCACAGUUACGUAUCUGGGAUGUGUUCUUGCUCCUUGGGGAUGAUGAGCUGGGCGGCACACUUGAUGUGCUCCACGCAACAUCCGCUGCACUAAUAGAGGGAAUGAAGGAGGUCGUUCUUGAAUCGGAUUUCGAAGGCGCGAUGAAGAGCCUAACGAAUUGGAUAGCGAUAAAGGAUGAAGAUAUUCUGAUGAAGAAUGUAAAAGUCGAGUGGAAGAGGCGGAAAAGGCGGGGGUUGUUCCCAAUGAAGAUGUUGUCAGCCGCGAGCCGACCGACGACCGGGGUGAGCCGGUCUGGUUGA